GCGCAUUCAAUGGGGUCGUUAACAUCCCGCGUCACGAGGGACCCAACCUGUGUGAUGCUUUAGCGCGCGCCCCAAAGACUUUAAAGCGCGCGAUUUCCACCUGUGCAAAUAUAUUCAGCCUCCGAUUAGCCGCGCGACUUCAAAACUUUGUGAGUUUUGCGAUUUUGGAGAGGACAACAUGAGUUCCUCGUUUCCAAAAAGCGAAUCCACCACAUCACUAAUCAAAACCACGGCACCACCGAAGCACCGGAAACCCGGGAACCGCGCUGACCAUCGCCACAUCGAGGAUUCAUGUUGGACCGAAGCGUGCGAUGCCACCGCCCGGAGACCCCUGUGCCAACCAAAACAAACCCGAAACGAAGGUGGAGGUGGAAGGAGAGGAGAGAGGAUCCAGAAUCAGAUCCAGGAUGGAUAUUAUCAGCAUGGUGGACCGGAUCGGCACAGCAAAGAACAUCGCAAACCUUCAAGGCACCAUACGAUUGACCUCCCGGUCCACGGGAAAUCCAGGACGCCUUCACCGACUCCAUCUCGCUCAGAUGAAGCUGCGUUGUUCUUCGAAUCCAAGGACAAACAUCGGACCGGCUCGAAUCAAAGUCUCUCAUCCAAUCAUCCAGCUGCAACAUCAGGACCACUUCAGUCAGACAGCGCGCGAGCGAGGGGGAGCGCGUACAGCGGCGCCCUUGAUGCAGACCUCCAUCCUAUAAUCAAAUCCGUGUUUGGACAGGACCGCAAGCGCAGCUACAAAGCAGUACAGUCAUGUGAUGAGAGGGUCACAUCUGGAGAGACCCUGGCGGCUUUGGCACAGAACUCCACUUACAUGCACAAUGUUCUGGGGCCUGCGUGCAUCUUUCUCCGCAAGGGCUUCGCUGAGAGCCGUCAGGCUAACAGAGAGCUGAGACCAGAGGAAAUGGAUGAGUUACGAGAAGCCUUCAAAGAGUUUGAUAAAGACAAAGAUGGCUUUAUUGGCUGCAAGGACCUGGGGAACUGCAUGAGAACUAUGGGAUACAUGCCUACCGAGAUGGAACUCAUUGAACUGAGCCAACAGAUAAAUAUGAAUUUGGGAGGACAUGUGGACUUUGAAGAUUUUGUGGAGCUGAUGGGACCAAAACUUUUGGCUGAGACGGCAGAUAUGAUCGGAGUGAAAGAGCUGAGAGACGCAUUCAAAGAGUUUGAUACCAACGGAGACGGCCAGAUCAGCACGGCAGAACUAAGGGAGGCCAUGAAGAAACUGCUUGGGCAGCAGGUGGGCCACAGAGAUUUAGAGGACAUUCUUCGAGACAUUGAUUUGAAUGGAGACGGACAUGUUGACUUUGAAGAAUUUGUGCGAAUGAUGUCUCGCUAGACAAAUGUGGAUGGACAGCAAAAACUGGACUUCCUGCUUUCUGAAAAAAAUAUAGGAUGGAACAAAAGAAGCUUCACAAGAGGAACUUCUGGAAGAUGAACUUUGACCUCAACAGCAGGAUUGGGAUAACUCGGAUGCUGUGAUCUCUGAUCUCUAUUUGAAUAACACAGUUAGCAGAAUAAUCACAAUGGGGUCUUAUGCAAAACUGACCUAAUAUCAGUGCUUAAAUAGCAACAUUUGGCUUGCAGUCGAAACACUGAUUGAUCUUCUCAGUUUAAAAACAUCAAUAUAUCCAGUUUAUGUUUUUUAUUCUCUCUUAGUCACAUCUACUUAAUAAAAGUAAAGUGAUACAGAUAUUGCAAUAACAUUGCUCUUUCAUAUUUAACAAUUGUAAAAUAUCAUUGUGAGAGUGUAUAGUUUCCCUUUACGAGACUCUGGCUGUUUUAUAGUGGUCUAUGAAAUAUAAAAUUAUUUCUCACAAAGAUUUUAUUUUAUAUAUUAAUGCACAAUGAAAGUUAUAACUGGGAAAUGCUGGAAAAACUUUGCUAUUGAUCAUAUGCUAUAUAUUGUACAAUAUAUCGGACCUAUGCACUGCCGUACAAUUAAAUACGUGUGGACAUAUUUUAAGGGAGACUCUUGCCAUAAAAAUGAAUAUUUAUUAAGAGUAUUUAAUUGCCCUUGUUUGCACACUGUCCUGCAUGAAAGCUAUUACUGAUGCAAAAAGUUAACACACUCGAGUUGAGACAAGUAGCAUACUUGCAUACUUUUGGUUUUGUGUAGUUUUGUCAUGUGCUGUAUUUAAAAUGCUUGAGUAAGUUAACAGUCAAAUGAGCGUAUUUUUUAUUUCUCUUUGAGUGUGUGCGUGUGUGUGUAAGAGAGAGAGAGAGAGAGAGAAAGAGAGAGAUAUGAAGGAUGUGGGCACUAGGUUUUUUUUAUAUCCUUUUGUGUGAAUUGAAAUUUGUCUAACCUGAGUUAUUUUUUGCAUGCCAAAACAACUUUUUGUACAUUGCAGAUUUCAUUAAAAACGGUGUUGUCUAACUAAAAAACUUCUUGCUUUUAUCUUCAUUCAAGCAUCAUUACAAUAUCACAAACACAGAUUUUGAUUAUAU